ACAUCCAGAGAAGCCCCCACCGCCCCACCCCAGGUACAAUGACAGACAGAACGUCUCAGAUGAGAUUUAGGGGAGGAGUAUGACAGAUUUGAGAGCRCGGGGAGGGUCAGAGGCAGGGGUCUGGCACAAAGAAAUUGUGGGGACAGCCAGUGCUWAAAGGAGGCAAGCACUCAUGUGAAGCUCGGAGGAAUUCAAGGAUAAACGACAGAGAAGAAAGGGAUCAGAGGCAGACUGGUCCAGCAGCCCCCCGCCCAAAACUGGACUUCAGCAUGGGUGUGAAGAGAAGGGCUGCUGCUGCUAUCUUGGUCCUGCUCCUGUUCCUCGGCACACUGUGGUUCUACGGAGGUUUGGAUUACCACUGGGAUUCUUGUUUGAAAGGUUACAAUCAUGCUAACAAAGCCCACCAGCUGUCCAACAGCAGCAGACCAGAGGUGUCCAAGGACCCCCCUGUCCUCUCCAUUUGCCCUGGCCAGAACUUCCAGUUGUCUGUGCUGAUCUCUCACCUACUGGAUGCUCCGGAUCACACCUCUGACACGUUGUUGCAGCCGUACCUGUCCAGCUGGGAUGAGCUUGUGAAGUUCAUGGAUUCUCUGGGCCCGAUGGUGAGUCUGAUAUCAAAKGAGAUAGAAAGCAAGACCUCAAUAAUCCGUCAGCUGGCCCUGCUGUCUGAGGAGGGCCCUGACGCUGAGUUUCAGCCAAACGUGAAUUCAAAAAACUCUGUGAAGCCACAAACCCCGCAGCACACGGGCGCCUACCGCUCUGUGCACUCCAUGAUCAGGGCAGAGCUGGACGGAGCCGUGGUCAACUUCCACCACCAGACGGACUCCGGAUGCCGGACUCUCCUGAGGCUGCAUCGAGCUCUGCUGUGGCUGAAGCUCUUCUUGCAGAAGCUGGCUGAGACGAAUGGGGGCGGCCGCCUCAGGAGCCCCUCGGAGCUGUGCCGGGAGGCCUAYCAGAGCACGCUCGCUCAGCACCAUACCUGGUUCGUCCGCAGAGCUGCCGAGCUGGCCUUCAUCGCCAUGCCUGAGCGGGGGUUCUUCUUCAAGCUGGUGUGCGUGCAUAACCAGGAGGAGCUGAGCAGGGUGCUGAACAGAGCGGUGGCGGCCAUCGGGGAGGUUUAUGACAGGACUCAGAGGGCCUUAGAGGAAAAUGGCAUGCUGGAUUUGCCUUAAAGAGGAUUCUAAAUUCACCUUCUGCUGCUGCUCUAACUUAUUUUGUAGUGAACCCUUGGAUCUUUGGAAAAAUGAACUGGAUCAACACAUUUCCUACAAACAUGGCUGUCAAAUACAAGGCUAGACUGUAAACUUUGUCCUCCUGACCAAACUGAGUCCUCUUUAAAGACAAGUUAAAGAUUCUGACAAUGRUAUAGGCCAGGGGUGUCAAAMUCACUUUCACCAAGGGCCACAUCAACAWUAUGUUGGCCCUCAAAGGGUCRRUUGUAAUUACUUCAAGGUUUCAUGUUUAACUUCAAUUAAAUGCAAAACAUCAUGUUCCUCAUCUCAUCACURAGACUGAGCACGACUAAAAAUCAAUAACUGAGCUCUACAUGGUAUUUCCUCCAUAGAAACARWGUUUUAACACRUCUUCUUAUAAACACUGAAAAGUACAUGUACAACUGGAUAAAUGUGAAAUGCUGAGUAGCUCCAUUCUGAACUCUCACACUUUCCAACAGGGAAUUCCCACUGGAGGGGCAUUCCAGUUUAAAUUUGUACCUUGUAAGUGAAAUUCCCAUUCUCCAGUCUGGRCCACAGCAAAAGUAGUCGACAAAAAUGUAGUGAAAUUGAAAUUUACAUGGCUACUUUUGAACCCYGUGUACCUCCACCUGGURGCAUGUUGGUGUUUUGCAGGUAAAAUUAUCAACAUGCAUUAUGGGAGAUGUAGUUAAUGCUGGCUUUAAAGUAGCAUACACUUAUUUUAAGACAUUAUUACAUCGUUAAAUCAGGCCACAUGAAAUACAAUGGUGGGUUACAUUUGGCCCACGGGCCUUGAGUUUGACACCYGAUGUAGGCUGUGAAUUAUUUAACRUGAUGGUUCCGAUAUUUUGAAGUGGGGUUCUGGGAAAAACAUAAGCAUUUAGUAUCUUAACUAUUUUUAGGGAUUUUUUUUUCCUACUUUGGAGAAAUAGUGUUAUUUUGACCAGCUUAAUGUUCUAAAUGCGAGAGUUUAAACCAAAGUGGAUUUGAAGUUAAUGUAAAAAGCUUAUAAACCUUUAAAUUAUUGUUGUGUUUGCACUACAUUAUCUACAACAGAGAGGAUGUUAAUUAUGUGUUCCCUUUCCAAAGAAGCCUCCUUUAAUGCUCUGAUGUGACUUGUGGGCACAGUAACUUAAAAUCAUACCAUAUACAUCACCAGAAAGGUAGUUUUUCUUUGCUGAAUCCAGGAUGUCUCAUGUUUUUGUGCCUGCCAAAUGUGACUUUUUUUAAAUGAAAUGUAUUCCAUGAUUAAGUGUAAUUCAUUCCUCUUGGUUUAGUGUUCUACCUCAGACCUGUCUCAGUCCUGGUGUGUUAGUGUUUAAAGUACAACAAGACCAAUUGUUUGUAAUUAAAGUGGCAUUAAAGAAAGUGUGCUGAACAAAACACAUAACACAGUGUUUCAGUAAACACACUGUGAGUCUUAAUUGGACAGUUUUGCACAUCAGUUAAACAUUUUGUAUCAAGUUCAGAAUAAUUACAUAUCUCAUUGGAUUAUAAAUUUGUCUUUUUUUCA